AUGGCUGAGCAAACACCAGAACAAGGCGGCGAGAUUGACAAGGUUCCUGCUUCGCAACGCGGACCGUGGAUGACCUUUCUCAAGUCGCUCGCUACAUCAAAGGGUGAUAUUGCGUCAAUAACUGCGCCUCCCUUCAUCCUCUCGUCGACGUCGUUGACCGAGUACUCAAAAUUCUGGGCCGAGCUUCCCGAUCUUUUCGUUGCGCCGUCGAUGGUGGUUGAUCCCGAAGAGCGGGCGCUGGCGGUGUUCCGGUGGUUCAUCGCGACGCUCAAGGGCCAGUACACGUCGCGCAACGAGGCGCUCGGGUCGGAGAAGAAGCCGCUGAACCCGUUCCUGGGCGAGAUGUUUCUCGGCCGCUGGGAGACCGACGACGAAGGCACGACGAUGCUCGUGUCGGAGCAGGUCUCGCACCACCCGCCCGUGACCGCGUACGCGACCUACAACGACGUGUACGGCGUCGAGCUGACGGGCUAUAACGGGCAGAAGGCGUCGGUGUCGACGACGACGUUGAACAUCAAGCAGGUUGGCCACGCGGUGUACAAAAUCACAAAGUUCGACGAGUCAUACUACAUCUCGCUGCCGUCGCUUCACAUCGAAGGUCUGUUCUACGGCGCGCCCUACGUCGAGCUCGAGGGCUCGACUUUUAUCCAGUCGUCGUCCGGGUACAGCUUCAAGAUUGAUUAUUCGGGCAAGGGCUACUUUUCUGGCAAGAAGAACACCUACAAGGCCAAGAUGUUUGGUCCCGACAGCUCGUCGAAGCCGCUGUACACGUUUAGUGGUCAGUGGUCUGGCAAGUCGACUGUCAAGGACGAGCGCGCCAAGUCCGAGAAACUGUUUUACGACGCCACCGAGCACACGAUUGUGCCGCUGGAGAUCAAGCCACUGGAGGAGCAGUCUCCGUACGAGACGCGCAAGGCGUGGGCGAAGGUUGCCGCGGCGGUCUCGGUGAUGGACUACGACACGAUCCAUGUCGAAAAGUCCAAGAUCGAGAACGAGCAGCGCGCGCUGCGCAAGCAGGAGAAGGAGGAAGGCCGCGAGUGGACGCGAAGGUACUUUACGCUUGUCGAUAGUGAUGAGGGGUUGAAGAAGUUGGCGAGCGGCGCGGGCAUUACUGCGGACGAGAAGGUCUGGCGGUUCAACCGUGAUGAUUUCGAGUCGGGGCCUGAUAAGUGCUAG